UUGACGAACGACGAAGCCGUGGCGCGGUUGCGCACGCUCGGGCAACCGGCGACGAUGUUCGGGGAGACGAGGGAGGAUAGGAUUUUUCGAUUGAAAGUGGCGACGAAAAAUUUCGCGAUCGUGGACGAGACGACGACGACGGCGACGCAGGUGAAUGAAAAGUUGUUGGACGCCGAGCACGUCGAGGCGUUCGCGCGAAAGAAGAAGGAACAGAGCUUAAAGGCGAAAGAAAGGUCGCUAAAGGGCGUCGCGGGCGAUGGAGGCGCGGAAGUCGUCGAUGAUGAUGAGCCUGAGGUAGUCGAGGAGAAAGCACUCAUGGACGCGUUCGCGAAAGCGGCGCAAAAGCUGAAGAAGCAACGCGAGGCCGAGGACAAGGAACCCAUAGACCAAGUGGCUGCGUACUUCAAAUCUCUCGUCGCGGAGUGGGAAGCCGAGCUCGACGCGAAGUCUGAGGAGUGGUGCUACACUCACGAAGGUCGUCAAUCGAUUUCGACGUUUCGCACGUUGAAGCAGCAUUUGAAGCCACUGUUUAAGCGCAUCAAGCGUCGUUUGCUUCCCGGCGACGUUGAGCGCGCUCUUUACCUCAUCAUGCAAGCGAUGAAGCAAAGAAAUUACAAGAAAGCCGCCGACGCGUACGUCGGAAUUGCGAUCGGCAACGCUGCGUGGCCUAUCGGGGUUACAAUGGUCGGUAUCCACGCCCGUAGCGCCCGAGAGAAGAUUGGCGCGUCGUCGCAAGCGCACGCCAUGCACGACGAAGAGACACGGAAAUACCUGCAAAGCGUCAAGCGUUUGAUGACGUACGCGCAACGCGCGUACCCGACGACGCCAUCGCUUUCUUUAGAUUUCAACUCUGGCGUGAACGGUAGCGACAAGGCAGAAUUGCUCAAAGCUGAGGCUCGGCUCGGC